AAUGCUAAGGGAAAAACUUAGCUCUAUGCAAAUUCUUAAUGUUUUAUUUUAGAAGUACGGCUUUGUGCUUAUAGACACAAUGUGCUUGUAUAGAUCCAUAUACAUGCAGAGAAAACAAUUCAAUACAUUAAUUGGCAUGUGCAAAUGCAAGACUUGCUUUUGAAACUUCAUGAGGUGCAAUGCUAUUUUAAAGCUAUACAGAGAAUAAAAUAUAAAACGUUUUGUGCCACAACCACACAGGUUUGCUUAUGCCUGGGAUAAAUGUGCCAAAUACACAAAUGUGUAAAAUACAUCUGGUUUAAAUCCUCGUUUUGCGGUGAACUCGUAUUUUUGUGUGGGCUGGGUAAAAACAGGAUUAAAAUGUCAAGAGGCCUAACUUUAGACGACUUAAUAAUUAUUAACCACAAAAGAAAGACACUUAACCUUCAACCCUUUGCACCACCUUCCAAUUUUUAAGCAAUUUAAGGACUGCAAUGAUUGUGUUGAUUAUUUAUGAAUGACUGAUGUCAAAACUUCCUGUUGUCAUCAAUUUGUACUGCGCAUCACAACGGAAAUUUCAACUGGAACUAUAAAACUUUCCAUUAAAAUUGACCCUGGAGUUCCAAAAGUAGCGGAUACGACUAACUAAUACUAACUGGAGGAAAGACUGAGUCAGCAUUGCCAGUAAAAUCAGACUAUAUUCAAGAUAUUUUUCAGUUUAAGGAUUUGUAUUUUUUAUUAUGUAAAAUACACAUAGAUGCACAUUGGAGUUACUUUUACAAUGUCUUUGUUUGUUGUGUGUAUUUAUCAAAAUAAUGUUUUAUUAUUAGUCAUUCUCAAGUUAAUAAUUGGAAGAAAACACCACCUCUUUUUGUACAGACCAACCCCAUUAUCCCCCCUUUAAAUAUCUCACACAGGUUUAGAAUGAAGGUAUAUCAGCAACUACCGAUCCAGAUUUAUUUUUUGUAUAAAGUAGUUUGUAAUUUUCAGGUCUUGAUCUAUUAACUUGAUAGACCAUUUAAAGGAAAUAUAGCAUAUACAUUAAAAAGAGAAAUGGACUCAGGACACGUAGGGUAUCGUAUACAGAGAGAGGUUAUAGAUGAAGAGAGGCUGAAGGAGUUAUCUCAGAGACUGGACUACUCCCAAACCAACAUUCCCAUCCACAAUAGACUAAAAAAAUCCCUCAGGUAAACUAACAUGUGAAAAUGAAAUAAGUCAGCAUUGUUUAUAUACUUGCUUAUGAAGUAUCUGUUUAUCUCCCAUCUCUUUUUUAGUUGUUCUGUACCCAGACUGAAACGUAACAUAGUUGGUUUUUUGCCCAUUUUGUCGUGGUUGCCACGCUAUUCCAUCUGGGAUUAUGGCAUGCCAGACCUCAUCUCUGGCAUCAGUGUGGGCAUCAUGCACCUUCCACAAGGAAUGGCCUAUGCGUUGCUGGCUUCUUUGCCUCCAGUGUUUGGACUUUACACUUCCCUCUAUCCACCAUUAAUAUAUUUUAUUUUUGGAACUUCCAGACACAAUUCCAUAGGUGGGAGCAAAACUGUCCUUCUUUUAUUGAUGGAAUAUUCAUGGAAAUUGUCAUGUCAAUUGAUUUAUAUGACCUAUAUGUGUUUUGAUCUCAUGCAGUAUUCCAGCACUUGUUUAUGUGUUUAUGUGUGUAUCAUAGGCACGUUUACCAUCCUCAGUAUUAUGAUUGGUAGUGUGACAGAGAGACUCGCCCCUGAUGCAAAUUUCCUUGUUUUUGAUGGCACAAAUGUGACUGAAGAGGUGGAUAUUGUAUCUAGAGACCUAUAUAGAGUACAGGUUGCAGCGGCCACCACUGUGCUCGGAGGUCUUAUUCAGGUUGUAUUUGGGUUGGUGCAGUUUGGCUUUGUGGGCACGUAUCUUUCAGAGCCGCUGGUCAGAGGCUAUACAACGGCAGCCACUGUUCAUGCUGUAGUAGCCCAGUUAAAGCACAUCAUCGGAGUCUCACCCAAACGCUUCAAUGGACCUCUAUCUGUAAUCUAUACUUUAGCAGACUUGUUUACACUGUUGCCGGAGACUCAUCUUCCAACUGUGUUGGUCGGUGUUGUGUCCAUUGUGGUUCUUAUCUUGGCCAAGGAGCUUAACAAUGCACUCAGGCAAAAACUGCUGGUGCCUAUUCCAGUGGAGCUCUGUACUAUUGUAGUGGCGACUGUUAUUUCAUUCUAUGCCCGGCUUGGUGCCAGCUAUAAGAUAUCAGUCGUUGGGGAGAUCCCAAGCGGACUUCAGCCUCCUACAGUCCCAAAUGUCAGCGUCUUUUCUGAGGUGGUGGUGGAUGCUUUUGCCCUGGCCAUUGUGGGCUAUGCCAUUUCAAUUUCUUUGGGCAAAACGUUCGCUCUCAAACAUGGUUACAAAGUAGAGAGCAACCAGGAGCUGGUGGCUUUGGGUCUCAGUAAUACGGUUGGAGGUUUUUUCCAAUGUUUUUCAGUUUGCUCCUCCAUGUCCCGCAGUCUCAUACAGGAAAGCACAGGUGGCAAGACACAGAUUGCAGGAGUUGUGUCUGGUGUGAUAGUGCUGGUGACGAUCCUGAAGUUAGGCUCGCUUUUUCAAGAGCUGCCUAAAGCGGUGCUUUCUGCCGUCGUCUGUGUGAAUCUGAAGGGGAUGUUCAAGCAGUACUAUGAUAUAGUUACUCUGUGGCGCAGUAGCAAGAUUGAUCUGUUGAUAUGGUUGGUGACCUAUGUGUCUACUGUGCUCUUUAAUUUGGAUAUGGGUCUGGGAGCCUCCAUGGCGUUCGCUCUACUCACAGUUAUCUUCAGGACUCAAAGCCCUACUUACUCACUGCUAGGACAUCUUCCUGGUACUGAGCUCUAUCUAGACAUAGAAACACACAAGGAGGUGACGGAUGUACCUGGUAUUACCAUAUUUCGCUCAUCUGCCACCAUGUAUUUUGCGAAUGCUGAACUUUAUCUCGAGGCCCUAAAAAAAAAGAGCGGUCUGGACAUUGGAAAAAUGCUCACCUAUAAACGCAGACAAGAGGCCAAGCAGAGACGUCGGGAGAGGAGAGCAGAGAGAAGAGCACAAAGGGAGGCCAAAAGACAGAAAAGAGCUCUCAGGGCAGCCUCUCAGCGAUCCAGAAAUGUUGUCUUUUCAGUGGAAGAAGUGGCAGGACAGUUGAGGGAAAUAGAUGGAGACACCCUGAGAGAAGAAGAGCUUGGAUGGAAAGAACGAGAAAACAGUACAGUGCUUGUAAUGCCUGAGACAUCUGAGGGCCAUCACACAUGGGUGUAUCUUAAGGGCACUGACCCUGACACGACCACCCUGGGGUCGAUGUUUGAUCUACAGGAUGGCGACACCACCACACUGGACUCCAGCAGUGAGGACACUCUAAGCAGGGACUUGGAAAGAGUUUCUCUGGGAUCCCUGGGGAAGUGGACCUGGGACAUACACUCCAUCAUCUUAGAUUUCUCUACUGCUAAUUUUAUUGAUACAGUGGGCAUUAAAACGCUGAGGAAUAUAUUUCAUGAUUUUGGAGAGAUAGAUGUGUAUAUCUACUUAGCAGGCUGUCAAGAACUGGUGGUGGAGCAGCUUGAGCGUGGCGGCUUCUUUUCUGAUGUCAUCACUAAAGGAAGUGUGUUUGCUACUGUACAUGAUGCAGUUCUGUACUGUCUCAAACAUCAUGGAGCAAUGACCAUCCACAGCUAUGAGAAUGCUUUGGAGAUGAGCGGUACCCGUCUAUGAAAGAAGAUGUCUGGUUUCCUCUUGUCUUCAUGGUCUUAUUCAAGCUGUAAACUUCAGCUAUAAGUUUUCCGAUAGCACCAUUUUGUUUGAGUUGGUGGUAAUAAGGUAUGACUGUUACUUGUAUGGUAUGCCAAUUUGGUGAAUUGUUUUUAAAAUUUAUUUGUGCAUUUCUUGUUACUAGGAGGGGA